AUGAAGCUCAAUUUCCUCGCGACCACCGUGAUUCUGCUCGUUGCCUUCCUACCGCGCCGCGAAUGUCGGGCUAUUGAGAGCCCCGCCGGAGCCUUGCAAAGCCCCAACGCUCAGCAGUUGGAGCAACUACAACAGCAACACAGGUCGGGUCCCAUCCUGGAGCGCCUCGGGGAGGAGUACUUCAUCCGACUGGGCAACGGAGACCCCAACUCUUUCCCCCCUUCGUCCAUGUACCCCCUAGGAGCCGCGGGGCUCUUGAACCGCGCGCUGCAGCUGCAGCUGACUCGCCGGCUUUUGCAAGGCGGCUUUCGACAUGACGACUCGGCGGAGAGGGGACGUCGGUCCGAAGACCCGCCCAUCUCCUUGGACCUCACCUUCCACCUGCUGCGGGAGAUGAUGGAGAUGUCCAAGGCGGAGCAGUUGGCCCAGCAAGCCCAGAACAACAGAAGAAUGAUGGAGCUCUUCGGCAAGUGA